CUUGUAAUUAACAGCUUUGCGGGAAGUUAUUUAGCAUAUUACAAGCCAUGGAUAUUCGGCCGAAUCACACUGUCUACAUCAACAACCUCUGUGAUAAAGUUAAGAAACCAGAGCUGAAGCGAUCGUUGUAUGCGCUCUUCUCACAGUUUGGCCACGUGGUUGACAUUGUGGCUUUAAAGACCAUGAAAAUGAGAGGACAAGCGUUUGUGAUAUUCAAAGAGUUAAGUUCUGCUACAAACGCUCUCCGGCAGUUACAGGGCUUCCCUUUUUAUAGUAAACCAAUGCGCAUCCAGUAUGCAAAGUCCGACUCUGAUGUUGUACUGAAGAUGAAGGGCACAUUUGCUGAUAAAGAGAAGAAGAAAGAGAAGAAGAAGGCCAAAGCUCAAGAACAAGCAGCUAAUGCUGCAAAUAAAAAGUCUGCUCCGGCUUCAAAUGCAAAUAAUGCCCCAGCAGCAUCCCAGAAUACACAGGUGCAGGACAACCCUCCAAAUUACAUUCUCUUUCUUAAUAACUUGCCUGAGGAGACCAACGAGAUGAUGCUUUCCAUGUUAUUCAACCAAUUUCCUGGCUUCAAAGAAGUGCGUUUGGUCCCUGGCAGGCACGACAUCGCAUUUGUGGAGUUUGAAAAUGAAACGGAGGCAGGAUCGGCUCGAGAUGCACUUCAGGGAUUUAAAAUUACGCCUUCUCAUGCCAUGAAAAUUACAUACGCUAAAAAAUAGAAGGAAAUCACUGACGGACUUAUUUAUGUUUUGGUUCUGUCCCCACGACUUUUUACAGGUGAAGAUAACAAGGUUGUUUUAUUUGUUUUUGGUUUUUUUUUAGACUCUCGCAAUAAAAGCCACGUUGCAGUUUUUUAAAAAAAUUAAUAAAAAAAAAAAA